ACUAGAUAUGUUCUCCUACUACAAAACCGUAACCAUAGCACCACUCUGAAAAAUCUUCUGAAAUCUGAAGCUGUUGAAAACUACUGCAGGCAGCGAUCUCUGGAGAUCACCUAAAUGCUCCACUUUCGACCUCUCUCUUUCCCUCAUUUCUCCACCAAAUUUGUAUCUGUAAAAUUCCUUGUAAUCCUGGUUGUAUCCUUAACAGCUGGGAAGAAAAAUAAACUCUUUCAGAGCAACCUAUCGGGCUGGAGAAAAAAGAGAAAUCGAAGGAAUCUAGUGCAAUAGUCAGGUCGACCCUGUCGCGUUCUUCUUCUUCCCUCCCUGGUCGAUCCAUGCACUGUGUGUGUGCUUAGCACGUUUGAGAAAAAUGAGAGAGAGGAGAAGAGGCCGGUUGAGCCAUGCAUGCAAAUGGUGCCCUUGCCGCAUCCCUCCUCAACACCCCAAGCCAAAAUAGUGGCAGCCGUUGCUCCUGCACACCACCCUCGCCCUAGCCUGCAUGUUGCUGGCCCCGUCUUUCCGCUGGCGAUCUGUCGAGCACCUGGCAGACGACAAGACGCGUCGUCAACCUUCCUCGCUUCCCACAGCACACGACCACUCCUCCGCUGUCUCUUGGUCGUCGCAGACCAGAAGACACCACGCCACCGCCUCCCUCUCCCUAUCACUUCCUGCCACUCUCUCACCCACGCACGGACAGCCGCAGCCCUGCGCGACCGCACCUUGCCGCUGUCAUAUCAUCGAGCGGCAUGCAGGCGGACGCGACCUCUCCCUGCCUGCCGAUUCCCUUGCAUCCCCGACGCUAGCAUCGCUCCAAGACGAUCUCCACGACUCAGACACGCAGCGAAGCCUCGCCUCUAGCUAUUGUCGUUUCACUCCUGUCCCUGGGUGCCGCCCAUUCUGGCCAGUACCCGUCGAGCGGCAGCAGGGCACCGUGCCCGCACCAUCUCCCCGGCCUCCCGAGCCCUUUUAGUCGCACGCCCCUUCCUCUCCAGUCCACACCCUCUCUCACCUCUUCACUGCAACCGUCCGAGGAGCAGAAUACCGCGCCCAGCCGUCUCUUCCUCACCGGAGAAGAAAACGAGCCGAACCGGCCGCCGUGUGCAUGUCGCCGAGGAAACGCUGGGAGGCCCCGCGUGACGAGCUCCGCGGCCGGCCGUUCUCGACUUCGUCCGCACCUACGCCGCGCACGCCACGGACCAUGUCGACGCCUGGAGAACGUCCCUGCAUGCACGCGUCGCCUUCCAUGACGCCUGAGGCUCCGCCGCUCCGUGCCGUCCCUCUGGAGUCGCCCAAGCCCGACCGAAGCGCCCAGGCAGGCCUCCGCUCGACCACGCCGUUGCCGCCACGUCUCCGCCCUCCCCCUUGCACUCCCUCUCAGUCCUCUCCGUCUCGGCACCUUCUCAGUACCCUAACACGGCCCUUACCUUCUCUUCCAGGAACCCACGGGAAGUCCGCCGCCAUCACGGUUCCGUCGGUCCCGACGACAUGGUGCUCGCCAUGGCCCCCGUGGACUUCCGCGAGCUCGCAUGCAGACCACGCCGUCGGAGGAGACCGCGGCGAAGCUCCUCUGCUCCUUUGCGCCGUCGCCCUAGCCUCCCUGCCUGACCCUCGAAUGCGAGUACUAUCGGAAAGGAAGGAGAGGAUCAUGGUGAGGACUUCGAAGAGGAAGGAAGAGCAGAUGGUUCGUGAAGAUGAAGUCCAGGGACAAAUAGCCAACCAAGCUUAGAGGUGCUAUCUACCGCUCAUCAUACAAGGACUCUUCGGAUCUAACGGUCGUGAAUGCACGGAUUCGUCACCCAUCCUUCCCUUGGACUGGCGAUGCUGAAAGCCCGAAACACCGAAACCCUCUAGAUACUUCGGGAUACCUCACGGCCCCACAUUAUUAAACAGGCCUUUUCCGACACGGGAAGUCAAAAGUUGGGGGCUCCAUGUAGUACAUAUGAAUACUCGCUAGCUGCAUGGUCUAGAAGCAGACUAGAGUAAAUCAUCAAUUCAUCACAUCAAUUGGUGUAUAAUUUUUUUUAGGAGCUAAGACGCCGGCAUGAACCAUUUUAUCAACUUGAAUGCUUACUACAUGACAUAAGAAGACUAUGUACUUUGGUUUUUCA